AUGGCUCCUCUCAUCCUCCACAACGUUCCCGACGAGGAACUAUACAUUGGCGAUGAUGGCAUCAAGAGGCCCUACGCCAUGGUUUUCCCACAACAGGAAGGCCUUUCCGGUGCGAGAAACCGCCGUGGCGCCGCCGAGACAGGGUCCUUUGGCAAAUCGACGCGCCGAUCUCGUUCACGGACAGGGACCCCCGCCGGCCGCCGCGAGAACCCGACGGUAGCGGCCGCCGACAAGAUCUUUGGCGAUUGGAUCUCCUCUCAAGCCAUCAACAACAAUAACAAAAACAUAGCCGCCUCGACGAACACGGGCGCCGGCACGAACUCUGCCGGCACUGGCGCCGCUUCGCAGCGCAAGACCUCGGGCCUCGCUCAGGCACCCCUCCUGGCCUCCGCGGCCGACGACACGCCCGCGGCCGCCGAGCCCCGCGUCACUCGCCACGUUCCCACCGAGGUCAUACUCCGCGGCUACCGGUCGCCAUCGCAGCAGUACGCCGCCAUCUCGCACUACGAGCAGCUCGCCGGGCUCAUCUGCGAGGACUACCCUCGCGAGCCGCCCCUCGAGCAGCGCCGCUACAAGUCAGAGCUCCGCGACCCUGCCUUCACCCGCCGCAGAGGCCUUACCGGCGAAGAGCGCGCAAAGGUCAACCGCGCCGAUGGAGGCGACCACUGGGUCAAGGUUACGUUCGAGUCGGCGGAUGCUGCUGACGCCGCGGUCUACGCCAGCCCGCAGCGUGUGUUGGGCUACCUUGUCUACGCCGAGCCGUACCACGGUCACCCUCCCGCUCGCGACGAGCCCAUCCCAGACGUCGACUCCCUCGUCGCUGCCAACGAGGACUACGGCCGCUCGCAGUCCGUCCCGGCAGGCAGCUUUGGCAACCACAGAACGCCGCGCGGCAAGCACCACCGCACAGCCAGCAAGAGCGGCGCUGGCAACCCCUUCUCCCUCCCCAACCAACGUUCCAUGAGCGACCUCUCGCCGCCAACGUCUCUCACCUCCUCCAACACGAUCGAGACGGCCACCAUCUCCAACAUGACCAGCUCGUCGGCGACCGUCACCGAGUCGCAGCCGGCCCAGAUGCUGGUCGAGGACAGCCUGUUCUGCCGGCGCAUCCCCACGGCGCGCAGGGCCAAGCUCCUCCCCGCCGAGCAGGCGCUGCUGCCGCAGCAGAGCUACACCCAACGUCUCGUCAACAUGGUGCCCUUUCUCAAGUGGUUCAGCGGCUCCAUGAUCGGCAACGAGGUCCCGCGCACCGACAACGGCGACUUUGACUGGAACCGCGCCAGCCUGUACUGGAAGAUCAUCUGGUGGCUUGAUGCGACCUUUGGGCUGUUUGGGGGCGAGAUCCUGAGCGCCGACAAGGACGACUAA